AUGGGUGUCGGUCGUCGUAUGAAGAAGCAGGGCCCUCCGGCCCCGCUCGACGAGUCGAAGAUCACAAUGCUUAAGAAGCGCAAGUCUGGUAGUGCUGAAGCGCCUCCGAAGCCUGCAUCGGCGAAGCGUCGCCGAUCCGACGCCGACGAGCCUGUGACAAAAAAGGAUGCCCCCAAGAAGAAGAAGGUCAACGCUGACGUCAAUGUUGCACCUGCUAAGCCUGUCAAGGCUGACAAGAAGAAGCAAUCGACCAAGCCCAAGGCCGUUCCUGUGCCCAUGUCUGACGACGAUGAGGAUAUGGAGGAUCUCGACGAUGAGGAAUUUGGUGACCUUGAUGCAGUCAGUGAAGGUUCAAUGGAUAGUGACGACCAGGUCGAGGGUCUCUCCGACCUAGAGGAUGACGAUGACAACUCCGUUAUGGACUCCGACGAUGAGGGCCGCACCCGUGAAGCCAUGUUCUCUGACGACGAGGACAUGUCUGAUGCCGAGGAGAGAUUGACCGCCGCCAACAUUGAGGGUCUGUCACGGAAAUUGGAUCUUGAGCAGCAAGCAGAGGAGGAGGAGGCCGAGGCCGAAUUGCAGGAGGCCGCUUUGCAGACCAACAUUGCCGGACCCGAUGUCUUCGCCGACCAAAGCCAGCAGGGACUCGCACCUGAUCUGCAAUUGCUUCGCCAGCGUAUUACUGAUACCAUUCGCAUCAUGGGUGAUCUCAAGACUCUUGGUCAGGCCGGCAAGUCGCGUGCCGACUAUAUUGAUCUUCUCCUUACCGAUAUCUGCACGUACUACGGCUACACUCGCUUCCUCGCCGAGAAGCUGUUCAACCUGUUCACUCCCAUGGAGGCCUUCGCCUUCUUCGAAGCCAACGAGACCCCUCGCCCCGUUGUUAUCCGUACCAACACUCUAAGAACGAAUCGUCGUUCCCUCGCCCAGGCCCUCAUCAACCGUGGUGUUGUCCUAGAGCCCGUUGGCAAGUGGUCCAAGGUCGGUCUGCAGGUCUUCGAGUCUCCUGUUCCUCUGGGUGCCACCCCCGAGUACCUGGCUGGUCACUAUAUUCUCCAGGCUGCUUCGUCUUUCCUCCCCGUUAUGGCUCUCGCCCCUCAGCCUAAUGAGCGCGUUCUCGAUAUGGCCUCUGCGCCCGGUGGUAAGACAACAUACAUGUCCGCUCUGAUGCGCAACACUGGUUGUGUCAUCGCAAACGAUGCCAGCAAGCCCCGUGCCAAAGGUUUGAUUGGUAACAUUCACCGUCUCGGUUGCAAAAACACCGUCGUGACCCACAUGGAUGCCCGUACUGCCUUCCCCAAGGCUCUGGGUGGUUUCGACCGUGUUCUGCUCGAUGCUCCCUGCACUGGUACCGGUGUUAUUUCCAAGGACCCCGGUGUCAAGACCUCCAAAAACGAGCGUGAUUUCCUCGCCAUUCCUCACAUGCAGCGUCAGCUUCUUCUGGCUGCCAUUGACUCCGUCGACCACGCCUCCAAGACCGGUGGCUACAUUGUCUAUUCCACUUGCAGUGUCACUGUGGAAGAGAACGAGGCCGUUGUACAGUACGUUCUGCGCAAGCGACCCAACGUCAAGAUUGUCGACACCGGUCUUGGUGACUUCGGUAGCCCCGGUUUCCUCAGCUACAUGGGCAAGAAGUUUGAUGCCAAGAUGGCUCUCACCCGCCGCUACUUCCCCCACCGCGAGAACGUCGACGGUUUCUACGUCUGCAAGCUUAAGAAGACUGCCGUGACUCCCGUUUCCAAGACAGAUGACUCUGUCUCCUCCGCGCCCGCCAAAUCUGGCUCCAAGUCUCCUCGUGCUUCCUCUGCCGCCUCCACAGACGACGAGGUGUACGACAAGACUCCCAUUCUCGAUGAGAAUGGUGAUGCCGCUGACUUUGAGGGUGGUGCUUUCGCUUCUUUCGAGGACCCCGAGGAUACUGAGCGUAUCGCCCGUGCUGAGCGCAACCGUAUCCGUCGCAAGGGUCUUAACCCCAAGGGUGUCCUGAACAAGCCCAAGAAGAGCAAGUCAGAGGCCGCACCCAAGACCAGCGACUCGGUUCCCCCAACCAAAGAGGAAGAGAACAAGACUGCUGCCUCUAAGAAGUCUACCAAUGAAGGAAAGGGUGAGAAGAAGACUGUAGUCAAGGGCAAGGAAGACAAGAAGCCUGCGACUAAGUCGAAGGAGGAGCCCAAGGCCAAGGAAGAGAAGAAGACCGAGGCCAAGCCAAAGGCGGAGAAGAAGGAGAAGAAGGCCAAGAAGGCCAACAAAUGA